GUUCGUCGUCAGUAUUUCGCUAACGUGCAAUAUGGUGCCUAAGAUUGUACUUUUGGUCGCGUUGGCAGCUGUUGCUGUUAAUGCCAGAAGGGCGCCCCAUGCGGACUAUGUUGAAAACCUUAUCAAAUCUAGUGGAGCUCGUUUCUCCAGCGAUAUCUUAGAGGAUUCCUUGCUUGAUGCGCCGGGUCUUAUUGCUAAAUAUGGAUACCCCAUCGAGAUCCACCACGUGACUACCUCCGACGGCUACAUCCUCGAGAUGCACAGGAUCCCGCACGGCCGGGAUGAGCACAACACUCGGGACCCCAGCAAACCCAUCGCCUUCAUCAUGCAUGGACUCCUGUCUUCCUCCGCCGACUUCAUCGUCAAAGGACCUGGCAAUGCUUUAGCUUACGUGCUCGCUGAAGCCGGUUACGAUGUUUGGCUGGGCAACGCCCGAGGAAACUUCUACUCCCGUAACCACCUCAGCUUGAACCCGUCCAGCACCUUCAACCAGAACUUCUGGAAGUUCAGCUGGGAUGAAAUCGGCAACUUCGACUUGCCCGCCUUCAUCGACUACAUACUCGAGACCACCGGACAAUCCAAACUCCACUACAUCGGCCACUCUCAAGGAGGAACUACUUUCUUGGUUCUGAACUCUUUGAGACCAGAAUACAAUGAGAAGUUCAUCUCUUUCCAAGGCUUGGCUCCAGCUUCUUUCAUGAACAACAACAAUGUGUCCAUGUUCCAGUCUUUGGCACCCUUCGAAAAUGUGAUUGAGAGCACCGCUUAUCUCCUCGGUUUUGGUGAAGUAUUCGGAGACCGCGAGUUCAUCGCUUGGUUCAAAGCCAACUACUGCGAUGAAGGUUCAAUCUUCGCCGAUUUCUGCAGCUCUACCAUCACUGGUCUUAAUGAAAGAGAAUUCUAUAACACUACUAUGGUCCCUCUGUUCCUCUCUCAUGUGCCCGCUGGAGCUUCCAUCCGUCAGAUCGCCCACUACGGUCAGGUGAUCAGGUUCGAAGCCUUCCGUCGCUACAACCACAACGGGCUCACUAACAUGAUCGUCUACGGUUCCUGGAACCCACCUGAGUACGACUUGUCCAAGGUCACCGCACCCUCUUACCUCCACUACGGGGCCAGUGACAAAGAAGUGAACUACAAGGACUUGCACAUUCUAGCCUCCAGGUUACCGAACGUCAUCGGUAAAUUCAGGAUCGAGAGAGAAACUUUCAACCACUACGAUUUCAUCUGGGGUAUCGAUGCCAGACAAGUGCUAUACGACAAACUCGUGUACUACAUGAAGGACGCCGAAAGUAGACAAUAAUUUUAACAAUGCUUGUAUAUAGUGUAAAUAUUGUAUUAUAUAAGGACCACGAUUCUGUACCUUAAACGCUACCAAAAUAAUACCAAAAAGUUUUAAUAAACAACAAAUUAUUUUAAAUA